AUGCCUCCCAAGAAGCACGCUCGCUCGGCUUCCGGCGACGAGUACCUCAAGCAUCCAACAACGAAACGAGCCAAAGAAAUCGACACUGAUCCGCCUUACGAGAAGCUCGUAGAACUCCUCGAAUCCACUUCAUCCAAAAGCAAGCCGAACAAUGUCCUUCACUGGUUCCGCAGCAAAGACUUGCGCAUGCAGGACAACAAGGCGUUGCAUGCUGCCUCGAAGAAGGCUAACGAGGGCACGGGUAGUCUCGUGGCCCUGUACCUACACUCCCCUGGCGACCUCGAAUGUCAUGGCACGUCUCCUGCCAGAUCAGAUCUGAUUCUACAAAGCUUGCAGCUGCUGAAGGAUGAUCUCACGCGGAAGAACAUUCCUUUGGGAAUAGUGACAGCUGAAGAGAGAGGACAGAAGACAGACCUCAUCGAGGACUUUGUAACGGAACAUGGCAUUAGCCACGUUUAUGCCAACUUCGAAUACGAAGUGGACGAGCUGCGCAGAGACAUCAAAGUCGCCAAACAUCUUCAACACCAAAGCGUUGGCUUCGAGCUAUUUCACGACCAAACCAUUAUGGUGCCUGGCGAGCUGACUGGCAGUGGCGGAGGACCGAUGAAAGUCUUUACGCCAUACCACAAAGCAUGGCUGUCAGAGACCAAGUCGGAUCCUUCUCUUCUCGACCUCGUGGGCGAGCCGGAAGCGAACGACAAGAAAACUAUCGCAGAGUGGAAGGAGAUUGCAGACAUGAAAGUGCCAGAAUUGCCCGAGAACAAGCAGUUCGCGAGUAAACAAGAACAGCAACGGAUCCGAAAGCUCUGGCCUGCGGGCCACGAAGCAGGCAUGGAGAGGCUCAGAAAAUUCUUGCAAAAGAAGGUCAAAAGCUACGCAGCACAUCGAUCGGAACCAGCUGGCGAUCCUUCAAGUAGGCUUUCCGCGUACAUCUCGGCGGGCAUUAUUUCGAUACGUGAGAUUCUGGACGAAGUGAAGAAAGCCAAUGAUGGCGCACACUUCGACGAGGGAGAUGGAGGCAUUGACUCCUGGGUUCGCGAACUCGUCUUCCGUGAAUUCUAUCGCCAGAUGACCGUGAUUAAGCCACAUACAAACAUGAACCUCCCAAACAAUCUAAAAUUCGACUUCGUGCAAUGGGAAGAUGACGGAGAAGGUUGGCAAAAGUGGUGCGAGGGAAAGACGGGAAUGCCAUUCAUCGAUGCAGGCAUGCGACAACUCAAUACCGAAGCAUACAUGCACAAUCGCCUUCGCAUGAAUACAGCGUCCUACCUUCGAGCGAACAUGCUAAUCGAUUACCGAAAAGGCGAACGCUACUUCGCCGAGCACCUAAUCGAUUGGGAUCUGAGCAAUAACACCCAAGGUUGGGAGCCAAGCUACACCAUCUUCAACCCCGUCAUCCAAGCCGAGAAAUGCGACAAAGAAGGUGACUAUAUCAGGAAAUGGGUCCCUGAGCUGAAGGAUUUGAAGGGGAAAGAGGUGUUCGACCCAUAUAAUCGACUGAGUAAGGAGGAGUUCGAGAAGCUUGGAUACCCGGCUCCACAUGUGGACUUUCGAGAAAGCCAGCAAAGGGCGAAGGAAAGAUAUAAGCAGGGCUUGGCUGAUGCUGAUCCGUAG